AUGUCCGCCGACAAGCGCCUAUACAUCUUCGAUCUAGACAACACCCUCUACCUCGGGAGAGCAGAACGACACCGCCGUCUGCAAUACGAACGCCGUCUCCUGCCCUUCCUCAACAACCUCGCCGCUCACGGUCACCUCCUCGCCGUAGCUACCUUCAACACAGACGCAGAGGUCCUCCUCCUGAACAUGGGCAUACGCUCCCUGUUUGACUCGGUCGUACAAACUGCCCGUGCCACAAAGAGUGAAAUGGUUUCGAGCAUAUGUUCCAAGUACCCCUACAUCCCGACGCACAAUGUUCACUACUAUGACGAUGACUACGACAGUGUGAUGGACGUUAGGGCGCUGGGGAUCAGGGCUACGAACGUCGCUCCGUUAACGGGAGUGCCCAUACCUACUGAACUAUCGUGA